UUCCGACUCGAUUCACUUCUAGCCUCUCUCUCUCUCUCUCUCCUCUCUUCCGUCUCUGCGUCGUGACGUCAUUACAUCAAUAACUGGAGCUUUUUACGUGCUCCUGCUGCUACCUCUCAAACCCUACACUAGGCGGCCAUAGUUUCAACACCUUCAACAACCCUGCCGGAAUAAAAAAAAAAAGGCGAAGCGCGUGCCCGUCUCUUCCAGCGUCGUCGUCGUGUUGGGCAACGUCUCUUCGUUCACUUCCAGCCACCAUCACGCGCAACAAAGAGUCAUGGGUGCGUCUCUCAAGGCCAACAACAACCGCUGCCACUACACCACAGCAGUGUCGUCUCUGUCGUCCUUGGUGGCCUUAUGGCUGAUCCUGAUCAUUAUCUCGCCAACAGCCGAGGGCAGUAUCAGCUGUUACACGUGUUCAUCACGAAACGGCACCAACAUGAGCUGCGAAGAUCCUUUCCAUCCAGCCACGUCCGUUUACGAAACCGGUUGCAUGGUGCCCAAAGAAGGUCACGUGGGCAAAUUUCCGGCCAAUUUCUGCGUUAAGGUCGUCGGCACGGUCUAUGGCACCAGAGAAAAGCUAGUCAUCCGCACAUGCACCCUGGAAAACAUGGAGAAUCAGUGCGGAGAAUUUAAAUACGAACACGAAAGUCUGGCCGGAUGCAUUUUGACUUGCCAGAGCGACGGAUGCAAUCCGGCGACCAACUUGAUGCCAAUCUUGUCGUCAGUCUCGUUCUUCCUAAUCUACAGCGCAAUAAUGCUACUAGCCAACGCAUCAACAGUUUGAUGAAAUUAACUUCCUCGUUCGUACAAUUUAUUCUAAGUCAUAUCUGUCUUUCUCCUGCGUUUUUUGAUCAAAAAAUUUUUUUUAAUUAUUAUUAUUCAACUGUAUUGAAUUAAUUAUUGAAAAAAUAAGAAGAAGAAUGGCCGCUUUUCCGAUUAGUAUUAUAAUAAAUUUGUUCGAACCA